CGUAAAUUAUAGCUGAGGUGUAGAAUUGAAUGGGAAUAAAGUAUAGAUUAGAUAAUAUAUAACAUAUCAUAAACUUUUUUAUUAAUGGCAAACGUUUUUACUAAAUAAUGCAAUAAAAGUCAACAUUUCACUGAUUAUUAUGGACGCAUCAAACAUACGACUUCUUCGGCUAAAAGUGUUUGCCGGACACAACUUAGCCAAAAAGGACAUCUUCGGCGCCAGUGAUCCAUACGUACGAAUAGAUUUGAUCAGAAAUGCUGACGAAUCGGUCAUUGAUUCGGUUUAUACCAAAACUAAGAAAAAAACAUUGAACCCCAAAUGGGACGAAGAGUUUAUAUUCAGAGCCAAUCCUAAUAAUCACAGACUAUUGUUAGAAGUAUUUGAUGAAAAUCGUUUGACUCGAGACGACUUCCUCGGAAUGGUUGAACUGCCUCUUCAUAACAUUCCCACUGAAAGAGCCGGUCGUACGAUAUCUCAAAAGUAUUAUAUUUUGCGACCGCGAAGUGCCAGAUCUAAAGUGAAGGGACACUUGCAGUUAUAUCACGCAUACAUUGCGUCCAAUGAAGAGGAAGAAACUCAAUCGAUACAAGAAAAUGAACCCGGUUGGGAAGUAGUAGAUGUUGAGAAUGGAACUGAAGAACAGGCAGCACAGCCAAUAGUGCCCGGAAGUAGUUCAGAGUCUAUAGCAUCGGGACUUCCGACCGGUUGGGAAGAAAGAGUUGAUGCCAAUGGACGGACAUAUUUUGUUAAUCAUAUCGCACGCACUACUCAAUGGGAUCGACCAACAAAUACUAACAGUAUUAAUGAAGACCAAACGCAACAAAGAAGUCUUGAAUCUGCUCAAGAAUUCAGACGUCGGGUCCACAUAAGUGUUGAACAAAAUGGUGAACAACAGAACAACUCCACUACUAAUGAAGAAUCCAUUUCUGAUUUAAUAGAAUCUCAGCGACGAUUAACCCUCACUCCAAACACUACAAAUGCCUCACUUAUGAGCGCAAACCGUCGGCACUCAGAGCCUGUUAGCGGUGCCGGUCCAUCCAAUUCUAACGGUGCAAUUACUGGUAGUGGUCACAGGGCGUCACCAAAUCAACCGGGAAGCGAUGGGCUACCUGAGGGAUGGUCAUUACAAGUGGCACCCAAUGGCCGUAUAUUUUUUAUUGAUCACAACGCUAAGACAACGACUUGGAUUGAUCCCCGUUCAGGAAAAGCAAGUCCAGCGCCCAAUCAAUCAAAUGUUGCGAAUCGUCCGAAAUUCAAUACAGUCGAUGAUUUGGGACCACUUCCUGAUGGAUGGGAAGAAAGAGUGCAUACAGACGGACGCAUUUUCUUCAUUGACCACAAUAGUCGAAUGACUCAAUGGGAUGACCCGCGACUCAACAAUCCCAACAUUGCUGGACCCGCUGUUCCCUAUUCACGCGAUUACAAACGUAAAUACGAGUACUUACAGAAUCGUCUGCCGCGACCAUCAAACGUGCCAAACAAACUAGAGAUCAAAGUUAGCAGAAGUAAUAUAUUUGAGGACUCAUAUCGAUGCAUCUCAAGUAUAAGUCGAGUGGAUUUACUUAAAACAAAAUUAUGGGUCGAGUUUGAUGGCGAAGAAGUACUUGAUUAUGGCGGCGCCUCCAGAGAGUGGUUCUACUUGUUAUCUAAAGAAAUGUUUAAUCCAUAUUACGGUUUGUUUGAGUAUUCAGCCGCUGAUAAUUACACCCUUCAAAUAAACCCAUUUUCUGGGAUGUGUAAUGAGGAACACUUAUCUUACUUUAAAUUUAUUGGACGAGUGGCUGGAAUGGCUAUAUUUCAUGGUAAACUAUUGGAAGCAUUUUUUAUACGACCUUUUUAUAAGAUGAUGUUAGGAAAGCCAAUCCAACUCAAAGAUAUGGAGAGCGUUGACACAGAAUAUUUCAAUUCUCUUAAAUGGAUUCUUGAGAACGACCCGUCAGAACUUGACCUUAGAUUCUCUAUCGAUGAGGACCUGUUCGGCCAAAUAGAGCAAAGAGAGCUCAAACCAAAAGGCGCUAAUAUACCGGUCACUAAUGAUAACAAACACGAAUACAUGGAUUUGGUAAUCCAAUGGAGAUUUGUGUCACGAAUUUUGCCACAAAUGGAAUCAUUCCUCGAUGGUUUCAAUGAAUUAAUUCCUCUAAGUUUCAUUAAAGUUUUUGAUGAACACGAAUUGGAGCUAUUAAUGUGUGGUAUUGGAAAUGUUGACGUCAAAGAUUGGAAACAAAAUACUGUCUAUAAGAGUAGUUAUCAUCCAAACCAUAUCGUUAUACAGUGGUUCUGGAGGGUGGUACUAUCAUUCAAUAAUGAGAUGCGAUCGCGUUUACUACAAUUCGUUACCGGAACAUCUCGGGUACCGAUGAAUGGAUUCAAAGAACUUUACGGAAGUAAUGGUCCGCAACUGUUCACUAUUGAAAAGUGGGGAACACCCCAUAAUCUGCCCCGUUCUCAUACAUGUUUUAAUCGCUUAGAUUUACCGGCUUAUGAAAGUUAUCAGGAGUUACGAGAAAAAUUGAUUCAAGCGAUUGAGGGCUCGGAAUCAUUUGGUGGAGUCGAUUGACACCAUAAUAUUUAUGCACCAAUUGUUAUAAUAUAUUGUAUAUAUACAGUAUA